CGUAGUGUCGCAAAUCAUAAACUGCACAGGCGGCUUCUCUAAAUAUAAAACAAGUUUACUUUAUCAGCACGUUGGUCGCAUGCUAUAUGAGUAAUAUUUGUUAAAUGUCAAGUAGAUUUAAUAAAUUAUGGAACUCACCGCUGCCAGAUCAACGUUUUAUGGUGACAUCGGUCACUGGGCUGACCGCACGCCGGUACACGAGGCUGCGUCUCUAGGUCGAGCGCUGCAGUUAAAACAGCUGAUAGAAGCAGGAGCAUCAGUUAAUAUCGUGUCUGUUGAUAACUUCACCCCUCUGCAUGAUGCCUGCAUCCAAGCCCAUCCAAAGUGUGUUCAAAUCCUGCUGGAGGCUGGAGCUCAGGUGGAUGUGCGCACCAUCCAUGGCAGUACUCCUCUCUGUCACGCCUGUGCGGCUGGCAGCAUAGAAAGUGUCAAGCUGCUGGUGGAUCAUGGAGCGUCCGUCAACCCUUCCCUGACCGCCCUCACGGCUUCACCCCUCCAUGAGGCCUGCAUACGAGGUGAGAUAGCCAGGAGAGGGUAUGCUUUGUGUUUAGAUUGUUUGUUUUCUCAUGAUCUCUGUGCAGGUAGCCCAGACUGUGUGAAGCUUAUGAUAGACAAGGGAGCGCUGCUGGAGGCCUUUGACAUUUACUUCGGGACGCCGUUACAUGCUGCUUGUGCUAAAGCUCACUUAGACUGUGCCCUGCUGCUGCUCAAUGCAGGUGCAAAGGUGAAUGCCACCAAGUUCCAUGAGACGGCACUGCAUCAUGCGGCGAGGGCCGAGAGAGUGGACCUGGUGGAGCUGCUGGUGGAGUUUGGUGGAAAUGUCAACAUAAGUGAUAACUUGGGUCACAAACCUAGAGACUAUACAAAACCUGAAUCUCCUGCCAAUCUCUGUCUGCUGCACUAUGAGAGUAACUUUCUGUCUCUGCAGCAGCUGUGCCGUAUCGUCCUGAGGACUGUGUUGGGUGCUAGAGCUCUGGAGCUGAUCCCUAAACUGGACAUUUCACAGCGCAUCAUUGAUUACCUCAUUUAUAAAUCAUACAUUUAUAAAUAAGUUCCCUAGAGUCUUAUUUUCAGGUUUAGAAACCUUUAAUGGACUGCAGUUUAUAUAGUCUUACGUUUGUAAGUCAAUUCAUUUAAUGUUUGAC